AUGCUGCUGGUCACAGACCAGCAGCUUGAUGAGUUCUCAAAUGUAACUCUACCCACUUCUCAGCGCAAUGCCAUUGACAUCGACCUCACGCUUUUCGCUGCGUGGUUUGAUGUAACUCCACCCACUUCUCAACGCGAUGCCGUCGACAUCAACCUGGCGCUUAUCGUUGCGCUGUUUGAUGUAACUCCACCCGCUUCUCAACGCGAUGCCGUCGACAUCAACCUGGCGCUUAUCGUUGCGCUGUUUGAUGUAACUCCACCCACUUCUCAACGCGAUGCCGUCGACAUCAACCUGGCGCUUAUCGUUGCGCUGUUUGAUGUAACUCCACCCACUUCUCAACGCGAUGCCGUCGACAUCAACCUGGCGCUUUUUCAGACCGCCACGGUCUUCAACGUCCCAGCCAAGUCGGUGGAGAUCGGUGUCUCUGAUGUAUCCUCCCUCAAUAUGGACGGGCUUGCCGUCAACAGUAACGUCGACAUCACGUUUGAUGUGCUCCUCAUGGCCGGUGGCAGAUAA